AUGCCCCUGUGGGAGAGCUCAUUGACGGAAAAGCCGUUCAGGGGUGAUCAAAGCAAGUUCAAGGAGGUUGAGUACGAGGAGGAUACCGAGCCCGAACCCAUAUACCCAGAAGGUGACGACGAGGAUAACGAAUUUGAUGAGUAUAAAAAACGUCGGUCUGCCUGGUACUCCAGGCGCCGCAUCAAACAACCCGAGCCCAAGGAGUUCAGAUUCCAAGUGACUGUGAAGCUGGCCAAUAUCAAAUUACCGCCUGAGAAGCCCGAUUAUAAAGGUGGAACCUGGCAUAUUGAGGGUCAACUGAAUGAGCGCAUUGUCGCGUCGGCCAUCUACUACUACGACUGCGAAAACAUCACCCCGAGCUCACUGGCGUUUCGCCAACGCGCGAACAGCGACGAUUUCAUGGAGAUCAACUACGAACAGAGCAUGCAUCAUUUCCUCCAGCAGAUCUACGACUUUCCUAACAACAUUAACGACUACCACGAUGGCCUGAUAACGCAGGAUCUCGGCAGCGUGGAGUCAAAGGGAGGCCGUCUCGUCACCUUCCCCAACAAACUCCAGCACCGGGUCUCUCCAUUCUCUCUCGCCGAUCGGUCCAAGUCUGGCCACCGCAAGAUUCUCGCUUUGUUCCUGGUUGAUCCUUAUCAUUGCAUCAUUUCCUCUGCGAAUGUUCCUCCUCAGCGGGAAGAUUGGCGUGAGAAGCAAGGCCAGUCGCAGGAAGACUCUCAGCAGGUGCUCUCUCGGGACGAAAGAACGGCUGUUCCGGGACCUGUGAUGACGAUGGAGGAGGCGAAGGCCCUUAGGCUUGAGCUUAUGCAAGAGCAAGGACUCAAGGCUGAGGAGCAUAACCAAGUGUAUCAGAUUGGGUUGUUCUCUCUGUUACUACGAGGCGCCAAUAACAUCCGUAUGUCUCGCAAAGCAAUUCUCCAUCCAUUAUGGGUUGAGAAGAUGUCGCUCUCGCCGUCGGUUCUUGCGGAAGACCGGAGCGGUCGAGGCGGCGAUGAGGUCAUGCUUGCUCCCCCGCAAACACCGUCAACACAACGCAACUUUGAAGUCCACAAUCAUUCUUCAACUCUUCUAUCACCCAGCAGAAACAUAACUACAGCAGAAUGGCCGCUGGCAAGAAGAUCCUCGCCUUCGACCUUUAUGGAACGCUACUUUCGACGGAGUCCAUCGCGAAGGAGCUGGAGUCGCACUUCUCCGACAAGGCCCAGUCCAUCUCCAGCCUAUGGCGUCGGAACAUACGAGCCCUUCUCCGACAUCACCCGCAACGCCCUCAAGCACGCCCUCGCCGAACACGACGAGUCCCUCUCCGACAACGCGAUCGCCUCGUUGAUGAAGGCCUACGAUAACCUCUCGACUUUCCCGGACGUCAAGCCCACAUUGACGAAGUUAUCUGACCUUCCGACCGUAGCAGCCUUCGUCUUCUCCAACGGCACCCAGUCGAUGGUCUCGAACUCCGUCCACAACUCGCCCGAUCUGUCCCCGCACGCCUCGGUUUUUAGCGAUAUCGUCUCGGUCGAGAGUAUAAAGGCGUACAAACCUGCUCCUGCGGUGUACCACCACCUCGUUGCGAAAACUGGCAAGUCGUCGGCACAUACGGGCGAUAUUUACCUCGUUAGUGGAAACCCGUUUGACAUUGUGGGGGCGCGCAGUGUAGGCCUCAAUGCGAUCUGGGUUGAUCGGGGUGGGAGGGGAUGGACGGAUGCUGCGGCCCCAAAGCUCAGGCCGACUGCUGUGGUCAAGAGCUUGGAGGAGAUUGUGGGGAUUAUUCAGGAUGCCUGA